AUGAAAGCAAUAGAUGUAGCGGAGUUGUAUCCCCCUUUUCCCUACAUCAGUGUCCCAGAUUUUCAUACGGUUAAAAUAGACUGGUAUGAGUGCUUGGAAGAAUUGGAAGACCAGGGCAUGAAUGUUGCGAUGGAAGUGACAUUAAAGCCUGUCAGCUCAAAAAACUGGGAUCGAAUUUAUUUAGGGAAAGGCAGCUAUUGUAUUUAUGAAGAUCUGCAGGGGUCGACUGAAUAUGAAAUGCGACUGCGAUUUAAGUGUGAUGACAAUUAUGGACCCUAUGGGAGUUCGGAAUUGUUUGAAACCCCCUCUGAGCCAGUAACUGCUUUUGAUCUACACAAAGCAAUUAAAUUUGAGGAUAUCGAUGCCUUGAAUGCGAUGCUUUCUGAGAGCAAUGCCAAGAUAGAAUUCACAGACCAAAUGGAUUACACUCCUUUGAUGGCCGCCGUCAGUCGAAAUAACAAGGCUAUUAUUCGAAUUCUUCUGAGCUAUGGGGCGAACGUCAACACAGCAAACAAACUUGGUCGAACAGCUCUGAUGUUGGCUUCAAACAAAGGUUAUAUCGAUAUUGUUGACAUUUUGAUUAAGAAGGGUGUCAAUGUAAAUGCUAGAGAUAUUCAUGGGAUGACGGCGCUGUUCUACGCAGUGGACGGCGAGUUUAGCAACGUGGUUCGAGCGUUAGUGCGCGCCGGAGCAGAUGUGAACCACUGUGAGUCGGACAAUGGAUACACACCCCUCAUUCGUUUGGCUAACAAUGGUAAUCCCAAAGUUGGUGACACCCUGAUAGAGUGUGGGGCUAAAGUGAACCAACAAGACAAAUUCGGACAGACAGCAUUGAUUCACUGUGCCUUUCAUCGAAACCACACGGAUUUGGCAAAAGUCCUUCUUCAACACGGAGCUGACCUUUCUAUUCGUAACAAUGUAAAAAAGUUUCUCUACCUUUUCUGA